AUGAGUUUAUUUUUUAAGUCUGAUGCAGUUUCAACUGUGAAUAGUUUUAAUUCGGCGACAAAGGAUCGUGCGAUUUUUCUCGAUGUGCAAACAAAAACACCUGAAAAGACAGAAAAUGAGAUAAAAUAUAGGAAUUUUGCGGGAUAUCCGCCGUCAGUGAAAAAGGAUGCGUUUGAGGAGAAGCCACGUUAUGAAAAUUCUGACAUCAUUUAUCAAAAUUCCAAGCCAGUAUAUUUGGUCUUAAAAGCCUUUGGAAUUUUUCCAUUUCAAACAAGUAAUGGAGUCACCACUUUUUCCUAUGCCUCACCGAAUUUCCUGUAUUCAAUUUUAAUUUUUCUCGUCAUUAUGGGCGGAAUUGUGUAUGUCCUUCUCCAUCGCAUCAGAAUAAUUCAAACGCUGGAAGGAAAAUUUGAGGAAGCAGUUAUCGCAUAUCUCUUCAUCGUCAAUAUUUUUCCCGUCAUUAUCAUCCCUUUAAUGUGGUAUGAGUGCCGAAAAGUCGCCACAGUGCUCAAUAGUUGGUCUGAUUUCGAGAAAUUAUAUUUCAAAAUAUCGCAAGUCCCGUUAGCAUUGACUUUGAGGACAAAAGCACUCAUGAUCGCUGUGGUUCUACCAAUUUUGUCGUCAUUAUCGGUUGUCAUCACGCACGUUACUAUGGUGGACUUUCGUUUGGAUCAAGUUAUUCCGUAUUGUUUUUUGGAUACAAUGACUUACAUGAUGGGCGCUUAUUGGUUCCUGUGCUGCGAAACUUUGAGCCAAUCGGCGUUGUUACUUGCAAAUGACUUUCAAAAAGCUCUGCGUCACAUUGGACCCGCAAAAAUGAUCUCCGACUAUCGCGCUCUUUGGUUGCGUCUCAGUAAAUUAGCACGCGACACUGGAUUUUCCGUUUGUUAUACAUUUACGUUCAUCACUUUGUACUUGUUUGUCAUCAUUACAUUAACAAUUUAUGGAUUGAUGUCCCAAAUAUCGAAUGGCUUUGGCGUCAAGGAUAUUGGAUUAGUUGUGACGGCAAUGUGCAGUGUUUGUUUGUUGUUCUUCAUUUGCGACGAGGCGCAUUAUGCAUCGCAAAGCAUUUGUACGAAUUUUCAGAAGAAAUUGCUGAUUGUCGAGUUGAGUUGGAUGAAUACAGAUGCUCAGACGGAGAUCAAUAUGUUUUUGCGAGCCACGGAAAUGAAUCCAUCGAGAAUUAAUUUGGGAGGAUUUUUCGAUGUGAAUCGGAAUUUGUUUAAAUCUCUUCUCGCUACAAUGGUAACAUACUUGGUGGUCUUGCUACAAUUCCAAAUAUCCAUUCCCGAUGACCCGAAUCAAUUAAUUGUCGCCGCUAAUGGGACCUUUUCAACGCCACCAACAACAACAAACCACACAACAAUGUAA